UUCUCCAUCUUACUUCAAAUAUGCUUCACCCUCUUAACCCUAACGCUGAACCCUUCUACUUUAAGCCUGAACAACUCUUCUUUCUUCCUCGUCCCACCUAUUGUUAUGCCCUUCCUUGUGCCUUCGAGUUUUUCUCUCCCGUUCAAUGCCCUACUCACGAGGAGGACGUGAAAACGGGUGGUGUUGGAGAGAAAGUGUGGGCAAAGGGACACUGGCGGUGCCACCGCAAGUUUUACAAGGCUCAACGGAGGGUUAUAGGAAGGAAGCUUCUAGGAAACGGUAGGGCUUCUCGUCGAGACGUUAUUCCGUUUCCAAACACGGUUGAAGAAGCUGAGGCCUCUUUCACCACCACUGUCAUGAUUCGUAACAUCCCAAACCAGCUUAAGUUCAAUGACUUGCUACUCAUACUGGACGAGCAUUGCUUGCGGCAGAACAAGAGAACUAAUGAGCCUGAGGAUUGGUCGAAAUUUGAUUUCGUGUAUUUGCCGAUGGAUUACAGGAAACACGCGAUAGAGAAAAGGAUGUCGAAUUUGGGAUACGCCUUUGUCAACUUCACCACUCCUGCAGCUGCGUUCAAGUUCUACCGCGAGUUCCAAGGUUUCGAGUGGGAUGUCGCCAAUAACAGGAAGAUAUGUGAAAUCAACGUGGCGCAGUUUCAGGGCAAAGAUACUCUGAUGAGGAUUUUUCAGGCAAAAGUUUUCCGGUGCGAGAGCCGAGAUUUUCUGCCUGUGGUAUUCUCAGAUGGCCGUGACGGCUUGAAUGGCCGAAUCAACGGAAGCUAUGUGGGAAAUCAUGUAUGGGGUCUGCCAAGAAGAACCAUAGGAACCUGUGCUUUUUAUCAAAACCAAUGAAACGUCCUUCCUCUUUCCAAUCCUUGCCUUUUCCUACUUUUUUACUAGGUUCGUUGGAGCACUUCUUGAGGGUCUUGGACUUUGAAAGGGUGUAGUUUUCUUAGUCCAGAUCAGUGUGUUUCGGAUUAAGCUACGUCCCAUUCCUACCCUAGCUUCAGCUGCUGGUCACAUGUU